UAGAAGUUGAAUUAGCGUCAGUGCCUUCAAUCCACCCCGUGUAAGACGAAACGCGCGUGAAGACUGUCGUCCUGUCGAAGCUCUUACCACUCACGAUGCCCAACAAUACAUCCUUCCCAGGUUCCUCGUUGCGGUCCCCAGUGCCCGUGCAGGCCAGCGGUCCGCCCGAGUCUCCCUGCGCCACGUCAGAGACCACCGAGUCCGAGCAAACAGGUGACGCGUGUCGUGUAUGGGCGCUGUGCGCAGUGGCGGCGCUAGCGGUGGCGCACGCGGCGGCGGCGCCCGCGCAACUCUGCUCGAGCGCCGUGGAGGACGACCCGCGCGCCACGCGCUUCUGCCAGGCGCUCAACACUUUCCUCGAGCUUUACGCUGAGGCGGCGGGCGAGCAAGUGCCAGAGUACCAAGCUCUGGUGCGCGACUACCCGCAGCUCCUCGAUUCGGGCAUGAAGCGGCAAGACGUGGUGCACUCGUUCCUGCGCUUCGGCCGCCGCCGCUGACGCCGCGGCCCCCGCGCGCCCCGCGCCUAAGCCCCCGCUGACACGAUCCUUCGUCCAAAACAUUUAUAAAUAUUUAUACUAACUCUAUGUCUGGUAUCCGAAACUAGCGACCUCUCUCUCCAAUUUAAAUGUUAGCGCUGUGUUAUUAUAAGUACGAUAUUGUUGUCAACAUUUUGUCGCACUUCGUUGUAGGUAAGAGUAAUUGUAAUUAUUAAUGAUGUUUUAAAUAAAUACAUAUUUAUGACAAGC